AGUUUGCUAGUUUCUCUCUCAGCUGGUUCCAGUGAAGAUGACAGUUGCAAGAGCCAUGACAGAGAGGAACAACAGGUUAAGAGGAGGAAGAGUCGCUGGGAAGACUCCUCCCCUACCAAUGUGCCUACUGUGCUGCCUGCACAAGCUGCUCCCAUCGCCAGUCCCACCCCAAACACAAGUGUGAAUUUAAGCGUGCCAGCCAGUUUAAUGGGCAUGAUUGGGGAGGGUGAACACUAUGAAGCCAUCCAUGGAGUCAUGGUCACAAAAUUAACCAGAAAUAAUCCGGCCAUUUAUGCAUAUGCCAAGAGAGUCUUUAGCACGACAGACCUAACUGAAGCACAGUGGAAGCAGUGUGAAGACCAGAUGAAGAUGAAUGUAGUGUUCCAAUUGCUGCAAGCCAAGAAAAAAGAAAGUGAGCGAUUGGCUAGACAGGGAAAGGUCAAGUAUGAGUAUGAUUCUGAUGAAGACACGGAAGGUGGGACAUGGGAACAUAAGAGACGCCUUCAGGAAAUGCAAGAGACUCAAGCCAAGGCUGCCGAGCUAACUACCAUGGCCGAGGGAAAGCAUCACAUAGGAGAUUUUUUACCCCCAGAUGAGUUAGCCCGAUUCAUGGAGAAGUACCGUGCAAUAAAAGAAGGUCGGGAUCCUGACUUAUCAGACUACCAGCAACACAAGUUGACAGAGGACAAUGUUGGCUACCGGAUGUUGAAGAGUAUGGGCUGGACUGAAGGCAUGGGUCUCGGUGCAGAAGGAAAGGGCAUUACCACUCCAGUCAAUCAAAAUGGUCGGUCUGAGAGUCAAGGAUUGGGUGUCGAGAGACCAGACAAUUUAAACGAGGAUGACGAUGAAUACGAUGCAUAUCGUAAACGUAUGAUGUUAGCAUAUCGAUUCCGGCCAAAUCCUUUGAAUAAUCCACGUCGUGCAUAUUACUGAUGUCAGCAGGUGCUAGUUUAUGGUACCAUGAAAUUGAUAAUUUCUGAUGGCAACUGUAGGCAUUUAAUAAUGAUUAUUGGUAUAAGUAUUAAUGUAUCCAGUGUGAUGUUACUGAUAAGAGCAACAUUAUGACCAUGUCAAUAGUUAGCACAGUCUGUUAGCAUAUUUUUGGAUUUAUGCAAUAGUUAUGGUUUGAAAAAGAUUUCUUAGCUUGAAGCAUAUGCUUUUAACAUGUGGAAGGCAAUCCUUGGGAUGUACUUGCUAACAUUCCUCAUGAUAUAUAGUCACUACUUUAACAAAUUUGCAAUUUCUGGACAGAAAAUAUAGCUCAGCAUAUACUGUGUAUGAUUUUUUUUUAAGACCAACAAAUGUGUUAUACUAUAAUUUUAUUCUGAAAUUUCUUUUGUUGUGUAUUAAUGCUCAAACCUUGAUGUCUGACAUUAUAUAUAUAAGGAUUUUAGUGUAUACAGAUAUGUAUUGAAUAUAAAACUGUGUUGGAUG